AUGCCCUCGAGCGCCAUGGAAAAUGAUUCGAGUGCACUCCUUGACAUUCAUAUCGACACGUAUCGAGUGCGCGAGUCGUGGUUCCCGUCUAUCCCCAGCACGGGCUUACUCUGGCAGGGGCCCCGGACAUACCAUUCCGUUCGGCGCAACUCGCCACCGCGCCGAAUUUCGAACUAUCUGGUGGUGAACCCGCCGAGCGAAGGCGGGAGCCAGAGCCCGCGCGGAACGCAGCUCGACGGACAGCAUGGAUGGGCUCCGAGCUCACUGUCUGGACUGAUGGUCACGAACGCGACUAGGAAGGGCGCGGAUGACGAGAUUAGCUGCCCAACCCGCACGACGGCUCCUCCCGCCCCGCUGUUCUCCUCCACCUCCAUUGUCCUCGCACUACACGCAAUAUGCGACGAAGCAUCCUCCGUGCCCGCCGCACCUGCCGUGUCGCCCUCCACCGGUUUCGGUGCAGUGCUGGACCGAAGUUGCUGA